UUGCGGACUUUUGAAUCUCGCGUCCGGCAACAUGGCGGCCUCCAUGCUAUCUUCUUUCCUACGAUCCGUACGUCAGAUGGUUCCUUUGUCAGGUACAGGACAGAUACGGAGUUACUAUGUGGACUGGAGAAUGCUUCGUGAUGUAAAGAGGAGAAAGAUGGCCUUUGAAUUUGCAGAUGAAAGGCUUCGGAUCAACUCCCUCAGAAAGAACACUAUAUUGCCAAAGGAUCUCCAAGAAUUAGCCGAUCAGGAAAUUGCUUCUCUUCCCAGAGAUAGCUGCCCUGUCAGGAUACGGAAUCGUUGUGUGAUGACUUCUCGACCGCGGGGUGUGAAGAGGCGCUGGAGACUCAGCCGGAUUGUAUUCCGGCAUCUGGCUGAUCAUGGGCAGCUUUCUGGGGUCCAGAGGGCAAUGUGGUAAAUCAACUCUGGUCACAGCAAAGUCGACACUGUGCUUCAGUGUUUAGCAUUUGACUUCAAGGAAUGUGAACAGUAUCAUGAACAAACAAGCAGUAAGCAACAGCCCUGUAAGAUAACUGCUUUUCUUAAGUUUAUUUAUCAGGGAAAGUCUUAGUAUUGUAGAAAUUUGUGCAGAACAUGUCUGUAACUGGAUUGCUUUCUUGUAAUUGAACUUAAAGUUGUGACUGGCAAAGAAGAGAUUCCAAUGAGAAGAAAUAUUUGUUUUACUUUAUUUCUGCUUGGCUUAAAACAAAAGUGAGCUAAAACCCUGCUGCUUGAAAGUAUGGAGGAAGACACCUGAAUUUUGGAAGGCCUGUUAGUGGAACAUAAGCUCUCCCAGGUCCUGUUACACUGGAGUCAGGUCAGAUCAAACAACAAGCAUUUAAUAAGCCCUCAUGUACCACGUGUUUUGUUUAUGUUGGAGAUACAAAAAAGAGGAGCAGGGAAUAUUCCUUUUUUUCCCCCAAGGGCCUCAUAGUUCAGUGAGGAAAGACAAUCUGCAAAUAAGUAAAAUAUGUAUAUAUAAGAUAUAUUAGAGGUACUCUUAGAGGAAAGGCACCAAGGUUAAGAAAGACCUGGAAAAGCUUCUUAACCAAAGGUGGAAGUUUAGCUGUGACUUAAAGUCAUGGAGACAAGGAAAGACAGAUUAAGGGAAAAGAGAGAAAAGGAAAGAGUUCCAGGCAUGAGAGAUAACCAGUGAAAGUACUGGAGUUUGAGAAAUGGUGUAUCUUGUUCAAGGAACAGCAAGAAGGCCCCUAUUAUUCACUGAAUCAUAGAGUGCAACAUAAGUGAAAGACUGGAAAGAUGGGAAGGGGCUGGGUUGUAAAGGGCUUUAAGAGCCAAACAAAAGAUUUUAUAUUUAAUCUUGAAAGUGGUAAGAAACCACUGGAGUAAAUUGUGCUUCGGGAAAAUCAUUCUGGUGGUUUCAUAAGGGAUGGACUGUAAUGGGAAGAGAACUGAAUCAGGGAGAUCAAUUAGAUUAUUGCAAUAGUCCAUGCCUAGCCCUUCUGCCUUGGGACCAAUACACGAUAUUGAUUCUAAGGUGGAAGGUAAGGGUUAAAAAGAAAAGGAGCAGUAGAGCGCAAGGGAUAUUCCAGCUUCCCCACCAUGACCAGUCAAUGUUGGGGAGAAGACUCUUCUUGUAUGUGUGAUAUGCUACCAGAACAGAUGGCCAGGGGAGUUACAUCAAGAGCCAAGACUCAGAGUGAAGAAUGAAGAGCAAGAGGAAAAAACUGACAAUGAAAAUUAAUGUCUCCUAUGGAAAACUUUCCUAAGAACACAAAAGGUAACUUUAGGGUGGGUCAAAGGAUUGGGUUGAGGACGAUGGAAACGAGGGAGGUCCCCGAGAGCCCGAGAAUGAAAUCUGAACAGUUCAGAAUUACUGGAAUGAGUAAGGGAGUAACCAGUGACGCUUGGAGCCUCAGGUUAGCUAUUGUUCUUGUCUUUCUAUAAACCCUCUAUAAGAAGUCCACCCAAGUAAGGGUCUUCCAACUUUUAUCAUUAACAGACUUUGGUAUUUUGAUUUACAAAUAAUGGAAACACACCAUCAACUAAAAAGAUACUGGUGCUAAAAAGAUGUUUUCUUUGAGAAACUUGGAAUCUAUAAAAUUUGUUACAAAGCAUCACCAAUGGGAAGGUGUCUUCAAGCCCCAGAUCCUCCUAUUGUUGAACCAUAAGUAGUGUAGCAGACAAAAAUGUGAAGUUGGAUUAAGGAGAUGGGUUCAAGGCUCCACUGUUUUCUCUUAAUAUACAUUGGGGAUAGCACUUACACUACUUAGCACAAAAAAUAUUGCUGAAGAAGAGAUUUUAGAAGAUGAAAGCAGUUAAUGAAUAUGAAUAACAUUUCUGAACUACCUCAAUAUAAUCCAAUUUUAGUCAAGUUUAGAGUUGGGAUAGGUAGGUUCUUAAGACUGUGCCCAUGGUGGCAAAACUAUGGAACUCAGAGCCCUCUCUGUGGACAUGUGUUACACGUUACUAGAAAGCCAAAUAAACAUUGGUCUGUGCCGC